AUCUGCAUGAUUUUCGGUUUUUAUCGUCUUACGAGUAUAUUGGGUCAGUUCUAGCAGUCGCGAAAGCUUUUGACGUAUUCCCUCUUAUAGGCGGUUAUUCUAGAGGUUGUGACUAUAUAUCUGAUCUAUACCCAAUGCUAACAUCUCGUGGACCCCGGACUCUUUAAGCUGGAAGAAACGCAAUGGGAAGAUGGAUAUCUGGUACUCCAAUGACCCAAUGGGCAAAGGGAUGAGUCCAUUGACGGAAAGAGUAAGUAUAAUUUCACUCCCAAAAAGACAGCAUCAUUCUGGCAGGACAUUUUCGGAAGGAUUUCUAUCAUUCACAAGCACGUACGUGGGAGCAAAAUUGUAUCCGCGCCCCGAGGACUACGACGCUCUCGCUACCAAUACUCAACCACGCUUAAGUAGUACAACAUUCAUGCAUUUCGUAUCUUAUUGUGCAACCGUUGUUGAGGGGAUUUCGUGCCGCUACUUAGACAUUGAGGCGUCUGGAUGCCGCAAAGAUACAUAUGUACUUAACCUUUUCAUCGCCUUUUCAUUUUAUUUCCAUCGAUAUCGGAAGCUGCCACGUGGCUCCCGACGAUCGUCCGUACCCCGCAGCCACAGCCCGCCUCAAAUACUUAAACCCAUUCGAAUACAGCCGGGAUGAUAGCAACGACCACUUCGGCGUCAGAAGCCAACUGCCAAGAGACAUCAUACCCUCGCCACACGACAAAAAGUUCCAAAAACUUGUGUUGAUUCUGGGUCUAUGCAUGUAUGAAAAUCCUAGAUGAAAUAGAUAA